AUGGGUAAUAACAAGCGGAAGCCGCCCGCCGCCGUCGCGGGCGGCCCCAAGGAGCGUCACAAACGUGCCCAGAGACACGGCAACGGUUCGCUUUCGCCCCAGCCGCCUCCGGGCCUGGAUGCGAAGCGUCCACUCCCGAAGCCUAGGGACAAGCAUUACAGCUACUUCGAAUUUGUUGAGAAUAAGGACAAGAAGAAGAAACUCGAGUGCGCGAACAUCGCCACCUCUAUCCCUCCCCAGGGUUACAGCUUCAUCCCUCUUGGCCAUCCAGAAUUGACCAAGCUCUGCAAAGAGCUAUCGCGAGAGCAGGGCGUGAAGAUCUACAUUGUUUCAGUAGGAGACCUUGACGAUCGCAAGGACCGAGUCCACGUCAAGGCUAAGAAGAAGAAGCAGAAUUGCAAUCCCACCGGUGCUCAGUCCUUUGCCAACCAGAUGAGCCGGAUGGGCUUUCAUUUCUCAUCUUCCAUCGUGGACAAGGCCAGAGAAACAUUGUCCUUGGAUACCCGUUCCUAUCCGAUAUCCGGUCCGUCUCGGCGUCCAGAGCCCAUUCCAGCGUCACAGGAAGAGUACCACGCCCAGGUUGACGCCGUUUUGCGAGACUUAUUCCCCCGAAUUCCCCAUACUGACCGCCAGAUCAUUAUUGAUCAUGCGUUCACGCGGCGUGUCCGGUACAAAGGCGGCGAACCACCUGUUGGGCUGUCUCGCGACAUGACCCUUGCGCGCAGAGUGCAACUUGCAGUCCUGGCACACAUACGGCAUAGUCAUACUAGGUAUGACGAAUUGCUCAGAACAGGGGCUUGGCACGACGCCAGAAAGCAGGUCCAGUCGACGUGUCUGGAUGUCCUCGUCAAGUGGCGGGGUGACGAAGAGACUGGCCGCGACCAGCUUGAAGAGAUUUUGCGAGAGGUUGUCGUCAUCUCAGAUUCUGAAGACGAAGAGUCCGCCGAUGAGGAGCCACCGGAAUUCAAGCCAGCUAUGUCUGCAGAGCCUCAACAACUCGAGUCGAUCACGCUGCCAACUCCGGAGGUUCCGGCUCCAAAUGCGUCGCUUCCGACAGCGCAGCCUUCCGACGGCUUUUAG